GGACUGAAUUAAGCAUUUCCAUUUACCACCUGAUCGCGACUGUAUAAAAACCUACAGCUGCUGACCUCACAGCCUGUAGAAUUCAUUCCCAUCGUUCAGUGAAGGAAGGAGCAGAGCAGAGAGCCGCCGAGAGCUGUCCGGCGGUGAAAUAAGAAGCGGGGCUCUGUCCCCCCAGCACAGGAGUCGCUGGGAGCUGUCCAAGUGCUGCAAUUUGAGAAGCCGGGACUUCACCUUCAGCACGGGAGUCGCUGGGAACUGUCCAGUGCUGAAAUCUAAGCAAGGACCACGGGCAAAGGAGCCGCUGGGAUCUGGGCAGUGCUGAAAUUUAAGCAGGGUGUCGCUGGGAGCUGUCCGGUGCUGAAACUGAACACCCCCCCCCCCCCUUCCCUCCAUAAUAAGAAGGCGCUGGGAGCCAUCCAGCACUCAAACUGAACCCGGGACUCUACAACCCAGCGGAAAGAGACGCUGGGAGCACUUCGUGACGGAAACUCAAGCCUGCUCUCUGCUCCACACGGGUCUGUCUGCAGAAGGAAAAAUAUGCCGCGUUCCUUCCUAGUAAAGAAAGUCAAACUGGAUGAUUUCCCAUCCCCUACCACCAGUAUCCCGUCACCGACUUCAGAUUAUGAUAACCCCUACGGCAGAGGCGCCGCGAAUAACGUUGGGAGUCUAACCACUCGGCUGCACGAGAAAGGGUACAUCAGCGAGUAUAUGACACCUUCCGUUUACGACGGAGACCGUGAGAGUGCGAUCAAGCUGUCCUCGCCCGAGCCUAUCUAUGCAACAGUGCCCAGCGAGUAUGGAGUACCGGACUCAGAGGCGCCGGACAGCCCACAGUCCGGUAUAUCCAGCGGUUACAUCAACGGAGACGCGGCGGUGAGCGAGGGUUAUACCGUGGAUGCCUUCUUCAUCACCGACGGCAGGUCUAGGAGGAAAGCGGUCGGCGGCUCCCGCAACACCAUCCAGCGGCACACAUGCAGCGACUGCGGCAAAACAUACGCCACGUCUUCCAACCUGAGCCGCCACAAGCAGACGCACCGCAGCCUGGACAGCAAGAUGGCCAAGAAGUGUCCGACCUGCGCCAAGGUUUACGUGUCCAUGCCGGCCAUGGCCAUGCACCUGCUCACCCACGACCUCAAGCACAAGUGUGAGAUGUGCGGGAAGGCCUUCAGCAGGCCGUGGCUACUGCAAGGUCACAUGCGCUCGCACACGGGCGAGAAGCCGUUCGGCUGCGCUCACUGUGGCAAGGCUUUCGCCGACCGCUCCAACCUCCGCGCCCACAUGCAGACGCACUCGGCCUUCAAACACUUCAAGUGCAAACGUUGCCACAAGACCUUCGCGCUGAAAUCCUACCUGAACAAGCACUACGAGUCCGCCUGUUUUAAAGGCGCCGUGCCAGCACUGAAUGCGGUGGAGGCUUGAUGCAUGACCGCUUCUAACCCCCCCCCCACCCUCCUUUCACCCCCACCUCCCAAUAAAUGCACCCCCC